UAAUUUUUUUGUUGUCGAUGUGACAGUUGACAUUUUGUUGACGUUUUCAUACGAUGAUGAAAAAUAUAAAAUAAAAAAUUAAAAAAAAAAAUACAAAAAGUGCACAAAACACUUAUUAAACUUUUGCAAAAUAAAGGAAAAAAAUGGCGACAACUCGAGCAUUAAAUCGCAAUGUCCCCUAUUUAAAGCAACAAUUUUCCGCCCUCUUGAAAAACACUUCCCCUGUAAUUACGGUAAUAUGUGCAGUCACAACCUGUGGUUAUUUGCUAUCAUAUUCCAAGACAGCCGUCCAAAUACUCAGUGUCACUCCGGGCUACAUACUCCCCUCGGAAUUCUGGAUAUGGACUGCAUUUACAUUUUGUUUCAUAGAAUUGCAUUUCUAUGAGGUACUCGUCGAUGUUAUUACCGUUGGGCUAUGUGGCAAAAUGUUGGAACCCCUCUGGGGUCAAAUGGAAAUGUUUAAAUUCUUUGCCAUUACAAAUCUUGGAGUGGCAAUAUGCACAACUUUCUAUUAUCUAUUUGUUUAUAUGUGCACGAAAAAUGCAGAAAUUCUAUUCGAUGUGCAUAUUCAUGGGUUGGCGGGUUAUGUGGCUGGGAUUUGUGUGGCUGUUAGACAGAUUAUGCCUGAUCAUUUGAUCUUUAAGACACGAUAUGGAAGACUUACUAAUCGGAAUGUUCCACUUACUGUUUUGACUUUCUCACUGGUUGCUUGGUUGUUAAACAUCCUCGAGGGCACCUAUCCGGCAAUGUUCUGUUCUGGGUUGAUAGUGUCUUGGGUGUAUUUGAGAUUCUAUCAAUGGCAUCCGAAUGGACAUGGGGAUAGCUCGGAGAGCUUUACAUUCGCCAGUUUUUUCCCAGCCGUGAUGCAGCCGUUUAUAGGGAUUUUGGUCAAUCCAAUGUACUUGUGUUGUUUAAAGAUGGGAGUGGUUAAGCCCCCAGCACCACCACGCACGGUUUCAGCUUCGAGUUUAUCAUCAAUAUCGAUAUCGAUGCCGGGUGUUGAUCCACAUGACAUUGAGAGGAGAAGAUUAAUUGCAUUGAAGGCUUUAAGUGAACGUUUGAAAUCAUCCGAAUCAGGUCGUCAGAGUUCAUCUCUGCCAAAGUCUUUUCCCCCGCCACCAAAUGGUGGAGGAAAACAUAAUCAUGGCCAUGGUCAUGGUCAUAGUCAUUCACAUCACUCAUCUUCUGCCGCUGGACAUAGUCAUGCCGGUGGACACUCUCAUCACUCUGGUAGUGCUGGUCAUUCGCAUCAACAUCAUCAUCACCAUCAGGCAGGCAACAGUGAUACACCAGCAUUCUAUCAACAGCCUCAGCACAAGCAGCAGCAGGCUGCACCACUGGAUCCCCAGCCGCCUCCACUUGCAACACCAUCGCCAGCGUCAUAUUCAAAUGCCGUAGCAAUACCAAAACCAGAAACAAUUGCUCUUUUGAAUGCCGGAUUAAUGGCAAUCCCAUUGCCAGCACCAGCUCCGCCUCCAACCGAUAACGAAGAAACGCUUAUAAGUAUAGACGAUGGCAACACAACAACAUCACCAUCGAAAUAAAUAAUAAACCCAAUCAAAU